AUGGCCGCCAAAACCGUUCCUAUGGACUCCUUGAGCCCCGAUGAGAUGGAAUCUCACUAUUUCAAGACGAAUCCCCCGCCCAUCCACCUCCAGACCCAUAUUACAAUCGCGCGAGCGUUCAUAAAUAGGCAUGUGGAGGCCGGUCGGCGAGUGGUGCUGGUGACAUCUGGCGGCACCACGGUGCCUCUUGAGGCACAGACGGUCAGGUUCAUCGACAAUUUCUCUGCCGGAACUCGUGGCGCUACAUCGGCCGAAUACUUCUUGCAGGAGGGCUACGCUGUGAUCUUCUUACAUCGACAGUUCAGUCUGCUUCCUUAUUCGCGCCAUUACAGUCACUCAACCAACUGCUUUCUUGAUUUCAUGGACGAAGCCCCCUCGCAGUCGGCAUCCUCGUCGCUCUCUUCAACAAUUGGCGAAAAGAACACCGAACAUGGACCUAUCGUGGUGCGGACUGAGUAUCAGGAUGAUAUGCGUAAGGUCCUGCGACAGUAUCGAUACGCCAAAGAAAACAAUCUUCUUCUCUUAUUGCCAUUCACAACCGUAACCGAAUACCUCUACGAGCUCCGCGCCCUAGCAACCCUCAUGCAACCCCUCGGUGUCAACGCGCUCUUCUACCUCGCGGCCGCCGUAUCCGAUUUCUUCAUUCCCCGCGACCGAAUGGCCGAACACAAAAUCCAAUCUUCCAACGAAGUCCCCAUUCCCGGCCAGGCACCAACCAAACCCGACACAGCCGCCCACACCGUCCCCGAAAGCACCUCCGCCAUCCUCCCAGAUCACAUCUACACCGGCUUCAACGACCCCAACGGACCCCCAAAACAUCAGAAGAAACUCGUCGUUGACCUUGACCCCGUACCCAAGUUCCUCCACCGCCUCGUGAACGGCUGGGCCCCGGCCGGCUCCAUGAUCGUCAGCUUCAAGCUCGAGACCGACCCGGCCCUUCUCGUUCUGAAAUCAGAACAGGCACUCCAGCGCUACUCACACCACCUCGUCAUCGGCAACCUCCUCUCCAAUCGGAAAUGGGAAGUCGUCUUCGUGAGCAGGAAGCCCGACGGCGCCAUUCAGGAGCGCUGGAUCCGGAUCCCUAGGCCGAGAAGAAGUGUGAGUGGUGCGUUGCCGGGAAUGAGCGCUGGACUUCAGGCUGGUUUGUCACCUGCUGCCGCGGCAGCGGCCGCGGCCGCCGCGCACGAGCACGCUCAGAAGGAGGUUGAGAUCGAGAGCGUAAUCAUCCCGGAGUUAAAGAAGAUGCAUACAGUUAUGAUCGAAAGAGCAAAAACCAAGGAGACGAAAUGA